AUGGCAUCAAAAAUGACAAACUUGCUAAAGAACCAACUAAAAAAUGAUGAGCAAAAUUUACUAGGAGGUCUACAUAAAUAUGAAGAAUUUAAGAAACAGAAUACGCAAAGACACCAAAAUAUGAAAAACUUAAAGAAAAAAAAAUCUACAAAACUACCAAAAAAAUCACCAAAAAUGACAAAAAAACUUGCUAAAGAACCAGCCAAAAAAUG